GUCCAAAGGGCAGGGUCCAAGCUAGUUGUAUACAAUGUAAUUAAACUCACGCUUUAAAACUUAAAAACUUACGAUUUUACGGUUUUUAGGUUGCUAAAACGCUUCUAUACAAAAUUUCAGCUUUUAUAACUUAUGUUGUUAAAAACUCUGCUUUAAAAUUUAAAAACUUACAAUUUUACGCUUCUAAAACACCAAAACAUUUCUACGUAAAAACUCGCUUUUGACUACAUUGGUUGUAUUGUUAUAUAUACGACUCUAUGCAACCACAAAAUUAACUAAACUGGUCCUAACCAAACCCGUUUGUGAAGGUGUCGUACUGUGACAAUCAGGCUGGGCUUGUUGCCUUUCUCUCCGUAUGCGAAAUGGGCCCUCCACAAUCCAUGGCAUACUAUAUGCAUCACCCCAUCGUUAAAGUUAGCUAUAGCUACAAAAAUAGACAGUUACACAAAAUAGUAGCCGAGGCAAGGAUUUCAAACUACCUCUAUCAUUUAUUCAAAAUAUAUAAUAUUUAAUCAAUAUUAUUAAAAUUAAUAACACCUAAAUAAUUCAUAGAGAAACAAACAAUUGACUAAGAAAAUUAUUGUUUGCAUAAAUAACCAGGACGAGUUUUCAUAUUAUGAAAGAAAUGUAAAAUAUAUUCAUUGUUUACACUCUUAAGUGAGUCGCUUACAAUGUAUCACAUUAAACAAUUAUUAACAAACUCAUUGUCAAUUCGACUUCGAAGCUUAUUCUUAAUAUUGCUCCAUCUAAUAUAAGCACUUUUGUCUCCACCAUUACUCGAGAUAAUUCAUCAAUUCUUUUCAACCCAACAAAUCUCUCAUCAGCCAUAAUAUCGUGAUAAUACAUAACGAGCUGUUGUCGAAUAAUAGUGUCAUGAAUGAAACCAAUAAUUUAAUUAUUUUUUAUAAAUUAAUGAACAAGUAAUAACCAAUAAUUUAAUAUUAAAACAUGCUUAUGUUACUUGUAAGUGUUUAAGUCAAUCCAUACAAAUAUAUGUGGGGUUAUUUUUUUCCCUUCCCAAAAGUUAUCCCUGUCCCGAGACAGGGGCAAACACCCCUGGCUUCUCGUAUGCACAAAAUGUGGGCUCGUGAGUCGUGACUUAUCUAACCCAACUAAGAUUUCGUAUUUAAAUUACCAUAUAUAUUUAGAUAAAAUGUUAGGGUGUGCCUACGGUGACAUGCAUGUCACGGUAACUUGCACUUUCCGGUUGACCUCAGUUAGGAUUAGGUCAACCUCAUUUAGAAUUCGGUCGACCUCAUAUAGGAUAUGGUCGACCUCAUUUAGGAUUCGGUCGACCUCAUAUAGGAUCAGGUCGACCUCAUAUAGAAUAUGGUCGACCUCAUUUAGGAUUCGGUCGACCUCAUAUAGGAUCAGGCCGACCUAAUCUGUUGUUUCAGUGUAAAAACAGUUCAUGGUGCCUACUUUGGAUAUUCAUAUCAUACAAUUGGCUAGAUGGAAAUUGAAGACUAAUGACUUGUUUUGAAGUUGGAGUGCCCCUCUACAUAUUGAAGUGAUUGAGAGCUCGAUAGGAAGUCCAGAAGACUAUUUUUGAACCUCAUCAAAAUGCUAUGCCAAAACUAGGAAACUGGCUGGAAAUGGCUAAGUCUGGAAACGUGUUUGUGAAGCCUAUUUUGGAGCUCAAUUCGAGAAGCAUGAAUGCGAGUCGAGUCUAGGAGCCUCUACCACGUUAAAUUAGGUAUGUUUUAUACAAAUUCAAGGCAUUGGAUGAAAGAUUGGAUAUCUGUAAGGCUUCAAACAAAAGGGUCGAAGUUGCUACGAAGGCUGUUUUUCUGGCAGACUUCGAGCAAAAGCAAGCUGGCAGAAAAACAUCCUUCCUAGCAACUUCGAGCCUUUUGUUUAAAGCUUUAAAAAUAUUCAAUCUUUCAUCCAAUGCCUUGCCUUCGUAUAAAAAAAUACGUAAUUUAACGUGGUAGAUGCCCCUGGACUUGACUCGCAUCCAUGCUUCUCAAAUUGAGCUCCAAAGUAGGCUUGACAAACACGUUGCCAGACUUGGCCAUUUUCAGGUAGUUUCCCAGUUUUGGCAUAGUCUUUUGGUCAGGUUCAAAAAUGGUCUUCUGGACUUUCUAUUGAGCUCCCAAGUACUUUAAUGUGUAGAGGGACACUUCAGUUUCAAAACAAGCCUUUAACCUCCAAUUUCCAUCUAGCCAAUUGUAAGAUAUGAAUCUCCAAAGUAGACACCAUGAAACUGUUUUACACUGAAACAAUAGAUUAGGUCGACCUAAUCGUGUAUGAGGUCGACCUAAUCCUAUAUGAGGUCGACCGAAAAGUGCAUGUCACCGUAACAAAGUCCAAAAUGUUGUUAACUAAAAAUUUUAUAUAUUACCAAAAAAAUAAACAUAUAACGUUUAGAAAUAAAAUCAAGCACAAAAAUAAAAACCGCUCAAAAUAAUUGGAGAUAACUAGUUUAAAAUAAAACCCAGUUCAGUUGAAUUAAAUGCUUUAACUAAUUUCUGUCUCACGUGUAAACAAAGCUCGCACUGUUUUUGACGAAAUCAGUUUCAUUAAAAAUGGGAAGGAGUACAAAGUAUGGGUAAGACCAAAUUAAGAGAACAACAAUACAGAUAAGGAAUUGAAAAAGCCCACUCGAAAAGCCCAAGUGCCACACAUAACAGAGAGAGCCCGAAGUAGACAAAUCAAAACCCUAGCUGCCAUUGCAACCUUGCCAUGCCGCCGCUGCCGCCGGGAAAAGCCUGGAAUACCACCGUCACCCGCAACUCCACUCAGAGACCUAGACCAGGAAUAGCCGCCUUCCAACAAAGAGAUUAUAAGAGCGAAGCCGAGAGGAACGUGUCCCAAGCUGAUCAUUCCAAAGGAGGAUGAAAGAAGCCCACCAUCCAUCAACAGAGAUGCCCCUGCAGAACUUCACCUAGUGACGAAGAUCAGAAGCAGAGAAACAACCGACAAUCAACAACAAUCACGAGCAAGGCUUCUCCGUCUUCAAGAAUCCACACCGAGUCCGAGCCGAAACAAGAACGACUACAACAUCUCCGGAUCUCACGAUCUACUGCAAGAAAUAAGGAGGUAGACAGGAGGGAUGGAUAAAUGAAGAACAGUUUAAGCCAUACAAGACAACAACUCCUUUGUACACCAAGACAAAAAGUCUCCAGAUAUGAAAAAACAGACCAGAGAAUGCAAAGAAUCCACAAGGGAUUGGCGAAAAGCAAAUGGAGAAUCAGAAAUUAGCAUUGGAGUCUGGAGAUAAAAAAAAAGCACUAAAAUAAAGAAUAAUGGUUGCCGCCGGUCACCCUGAGGUGAGCCGGCGUCCCCCACUAGCAAAUGAAUGAGGAAAGUUAGAGAGAAGAUGGAGCGUUUGAAAAGUUAGAGAGAAGCUCACACUGUUAAUGUUAAAAAAACAACGCAUUUUCACCAAAAAAAAAACAAUGCAUACAUUAUUUCAGUUCCAACAUCCAAAGAAACAUUAAUUCUUACCCCGAAUAGUAAAAUAAAAGCAAGCAUCAAUAUAUCAAGCGGUUUCAACGACGUGUGUUGCUCGCCUCCUUUAAUUAGCUUCAAACUGACUAGAUCAUAAACAACAAUACAACAUAUAUCCAACACGCGAGAACAACGUCCAACGACACCAGCUCUCGUGACGAUCGAUCGAUCGAUCAUGUCUCCCCAACCAAUUAUUCCCAUUUUCAUACUCCUACUAACAACAGCAACAAUACCCAGAUUAGGUUCAGCCACCACCUUGGUCAUUAAAAACGAACAGAAACAAAACCUCGCUUACGUUAGGUGCUACAACGGUCUGGUCAUCGCCGAAGAAGACGCAAUUCGGCCGGGGAAGCAGAUCACAGUGGCGUUGCCUUACGCUAACAAGGCUCCGGGGAAAGGCGAACUUCCGGCGUUGUGCGUCGGAGCGUACAACCCUAGCCACGGCCGGCACAACGUGCUGUACUACUUCUACGACUCGAGCAAGGAUUUCGAGAGGUGCAAGUCUGAUUGUGUUAUACAAGUUACCGACACCGGAUUCAAUCGUUGGAACGCGGAGAAGCGUGUGUGGGAUAUGGUCCCUCCUAGAACCUGGCUCUCGUGAGUGAACCUUAAUGUAUCAUGUCUCACUUUGUGAUAUGCGUUUGUGUUGUUUUAUGGAGAAAUCGAUUCGACCUAAUUCGAUUCAUUUCUUGGUUAUAAAAGGGGGAAUUUUUUCUUCUUCUUUCGAAUAGACAAGAAGAAUGCGAGUCAUACAAAUUAUAGAUUUGACACUAUUAUUUCAAUGAUUUCUUUUUUUUCUCUCUAAAAUUUUACAUCCCAAAACAACAUUAUUUCAAUGAUUCUAUAUCAAUUUAGAUUCAUCGAAUCAGAUUCCACUCACACCAACAUUUCAUCGAAAUUCAAGAUAUCUUCAUCUAAACGACUCCUAAGAAAGACUAGGGUUAAGA